UGGGCAGCCCAAAAAGCACUCUUAGUUGGCCCGCUGUGAUGGCAAGCCCCACGUGUGCCUCCUGUGAGCUCUCGCCUGUGCAUUCUCCCCUUGGCCUUCCUCUGUGAAAGUCCCCCUCGAGGUUUGGCACUUGAGGUUUGGCACUCUGAGUUAGUGCAGGAAGGAAGGGUAAUCAUUCUGGAUCAAACUAAAUUCCCGAGGGUUAGUGUGUGUGUUACAGGACGUAGAGUGCAGGCCGCUCCCCGACAGACUGGCGUUUUGACAGGAAAGGCAAGAGAAAAAGAGGACAAAGGCGUUCCCCUCCUUACCUGAGUGCCGAGAGAGUGACGUCAGGCCGAGUCCCAGAGCAGCAUAUCUUGAAUUUCCACCCUGCAGAGGAGACGCCAGUGGAUGUGGGUAUCUCAGAUAAGCCGACGGCGCGAGAGAGGAGGGGCGUGUGAGUCACCAGUGUGGGUGGGGAGGCAAAUUACUCCCCAAGAGAGAGAAAGAGAGAGGGGCAGUGUGAGCCAGGGGAGCGGGGCGUCGACUCCCACCACAGGGCCCUCUCGCCACUCGUCCUACGCACUUCUCACUCCUCCUGGGGGAUCUCUGGUCGUGUCCUGCCCUCCUUCCUCGUGGGAUAUCUCGGCAAGAGGCACCGGGGACGUAAAAUGAGCCGCGAGUGAGGGGAAAAAGUGUCUUUUGUGAGAGAGUGAAGGUUGGACGUCCACUCAGUGCAGGGGAAGAUGGCGACGUCCGUGCUGAGUCCGGUCAAGACGGAGGACCAGAUCCUGCAGGAUUCCAUGCUCGAGGAUGAUCCUAAUGACAAUUCGGCCACCAACGAGGAGGAGAAGACCAAGCCUCGCUGGGGGCCAUACCACAAGGGAGCCAAAGAGCUGGCCAGCCUGUACAGCAAAGGAAAACGCAGUCAAGAAAUCAUUUGCAUAUGCAUCUGCAUUACCUUGAUGGUCGUCAACAUGUACUUCAUGGCCAUGCACUUCAGGGUGGAGAAAGUGACGACCAUCUUCCUUGUCGCGUUAGCAGGGAUCUUCACAGCGGACUUCGCCUCAGGCCUCGUCCACUGGGCUGCAGACACCUGGGGUUCUGUCGAACUUCCACUCUUGGGCAAGAACUUCAUUCGUCCCUUCCGUGAGCACCACAUCGACCCUACGUCAAUCACGCGCCACGACUUCAUAGAAACCAACGGGGACAACUUCAUGCUCACGCUCCCAGGUCUGAUGUCCAUGACCUGGAACUUCUGCACCAAGACCAACGAGCAGAUUCAGGCCAAUUACUAUUGGUUUUCGUACCUCUAUCUCUUGGCGAUUUUUGUGUCUUUAACAAAUCAGAUCCACAAAUGGUCACACACAUACUUUGGCCUCCCACGCUGGGUCACCAUAUUGCAGGACCUGCACAUCAUCCUGCCAAAGAGGCAUCAUCGUAUCCACCAUGUCGCACCACAUGAGACUUACUUCUGCAUAACGACCGGAUGGCUCAACUACCCCUUAGAGAAGCUCAAGUUCUGGAUCUCGUUAGAGUACUUGAUUGAGAAGGUCACCGGCUGCAAACCCCGAGCCGACGACUUCAAAUGGGCACAGAAGAGAGAGUGAAGUCAGAGAGGAGGAAGGGAGGCGGAGGCGGCUGGGAGAAAGAGAGAAAUUGGUGGUUUAGAUUUUCAUUCGAAAAGAGUGUCGAACGAUGGAACAUGGCACAAAUAUAGAGAAUAAAUGUAUAGGAAAGAGAGAUAUAUUUAUGUAUAGAGAGAGAAAUGGAAAAAGAAAGGGAUGUAGCACAAAAUAGAAUAAGAGAAAGCAAGUCUUUUAAUGGAAAAAGGAUUCUACAAGUGAUGCCUGGAUAGUACUGAAAAUCAUUUUAUAGCUUAUAUACGAAGUUGGCAAAAGAGGAGAAAGGGAGAAAGAUGGAGAAAAGCUGAAAAAAAAGGAAAAGAAAACAGCUAAAAUGAUAUUUAAAAAAAAGGAAAUGUCAUCCUAUCAUAUAAAUAUUAAUGAAUUAAGCCAAAGCUUCUCAGUGAACAAAAAAAAAAUUGAAAAUAAUGAAUUCAAACUUUUGUAAGAGAUUAGAUAUUUUACUACUUUAGGCACCGUCAGAAUGUAGAAUAUAUUAAGAUAAGGGUUUUUUACUUUUUGUAGGUGUGAAAGGAUUUUGCCGUUUAACAGAAAAAUUACUAAGAAAACGUGCAAGAUGUGUAUCACUGUUCAAGCAAGGCUCACUUGAAGAAAAAGGUGGUUGAUUCGAGAUAAGAAAAAACACGGACAUGAGAAACAGAAAGAGAACAAAGCACGUUAUCAUCUAUGAUGUCCAUACAUAGUAUAUAAUUGUGAUAGUCCGCGAAUCAAGUCUUGAGUGAAAUUGUAGAAGGAGUUGUUGGGAUAUUUUCUUUUUCCUUUUUUUUUUUCUAAUUGCUAUCAUUAUUAUUGUCUUAGCUUCUUGAUAUCACUGUGUAUACUAUGAUUUGCUUUUCUUCAAUGAAAUCUAGCAAACAGUGGAAGUAGAAUAAGAGAAGAAAUGAGUAUCUGUCUGUUGUGUGUUGAAAACAGAUUACAAAUCGUAUUGAUAUUUUUUUAGAAAUCUGUUUGUAUUUUUAUUUCAAUAACGUGUCUCUCAAAAUGAACUGUGCAGAAUGUUUGCUGAUAAUUCGCCUUGAAAUAACAUCACUAAUCCAGACAUUUGGAAGCAUAGAUCUUUAGCUAUUAAUUAACAAAGUAACAGUUUGAGUUUAUAUAUACAAUAUAUAUAUAUAUAUAUAUAUAAAAUUUUGCUUUAUUGUUUAUAGGGAUUGGUGCAUGCGGACCAUUGCUUUAACAAGAUUCAUAAAUAUAAAGAAAAGGAAAUAGUGACAGUUUUUUCUCAGGAUGGAUUUAGGUUACCAAAUUAUUUUUCAAUUCCCCUCAUUUUCGUAAUUUCAUGGAUGGCAGUGCAGACCGUUAGAAUUAAGUUUCGUAUCAAAAUUAUAGUUGCAACAGGUGGUAGUCUACAAUAUUACGUGAGGUACAUUCCUCUGCCUCACUGUGCAUCUAGGUAUAGAGAUAUCUCAUAUAUAGACAUCACAAAAUGGUGAUUUUGGUAAUGGUUAACCUAAGCACACUAAACCUUCAGAAAUUUUUUUUGCGAUUACAAGCAAUUAAAAUCAAAGAGCUGUUCUGAAAUGAUACUAUUAACCAAAAUGUGGUUAUGAAAGGCAGCAGUAAAACUUAAUAGUAGUGUUUCUUUUGUAUAAUGAAACCCAGUGAUUGUCAUUAUUUGUAAAGAUUUUUUUAAAUGUUGAUAUUGAAUACACUCCAUUCAUCAUUGGAAGCAUGUUAACUGCAGCUGGUGAGAUGUUAGAAUAUUGUUUUAUAUGUAUGUGUUUUUCUAUGGGUGUAUCAUUCUUUUUGUAUUUUAAAAUAGAUACUUAUUUAAACACAUGUACAAAAAUGUAUACUGUAGUAAGCUCAUAUGCACAGUUAUGUAUCUUGAUGUGUACAUAGUGUGCACGUGUGUUUACUAAUAAGCUAAUACAUAAAUAACCACACAAAAAAAAAUCAAAGAGAUUUUAAAAUUGACUAUGUAUUCAUCCAGUCUUACAGAAUUGAUCAAUUAUAUCUUUA